AUGGUGCCAGCACCAGGCUGCUUCAAUGUGGCGCUGACAGACACCACUAAGGAGAAGAAGAGAGAGCACGAGGAAGAGGAUGUGAGCUACUGGGGCAUGGCACCGACCCGGGUCAUCAAUGAUGAUGGUAUCGAGUGGAAGUGGUUGUGCUUCAUGCCGUGGGACAUGUACGCGGCGGAUGUGUCGAUAGACCUGACAAAGCACCACGAGCCGGUGACGUUGGGGGACAAGAUGGCCUGGUGGAUGGUCAAGGCCUUGCGCUGGCCGACCGACAUCUUCUUCCAGAGGAGGUACGGCUGCCGCGGGAUGAUGCUGGAGAUGGUGGCGGCGAUGCCCGGCAUGGUGGCUAGCGCGGUGCUCCACCUCCGGUCGUUGCGGCGCUUUGAGCAAAGCGGUGGGUGGAUAUGCGCGCUGCUGGAGGAAGCCGAGAAUGAGCGAAUGCACCUCAUGACCUUCAUGGAGGUGUCCCGGCCUCGGUGGCACGAGCGCGCGCUUGUUGUCACCGUGCAGGGGGUCUUCCUCCACGCGUACCUCGCAGCCUACCUCCUCUCACCUGCGACCGCGCACCACAUGGUCAGCUACCUCAAGGAGGAGGCCGUGCACUCCUACACCAAGUUCCUCCGCGACCUCGAGGCCGGCAAGAUCGAGAACGUGCCGGCGCCCUCCAUCGCCGUCGACCUCCCCGUCGGCGCCACGCUCAGGGACGUCGUCGAGGCCGUUCGAGCCGACGAGGCGCACCACCGCAACGUCAACCACUACGCAUCCGACAUCCAUCGCCAGGGGCGGCUACGGGAGGUGGCCGCGUCGAUCGGGUACCACUGA